UACGAAGUUCAGCAGGAACCGCUGCUGAAUGAGGCCCUCUCCCUUGAGUUUACACCGUAUAAAAUCAUUGCGGUGGACGAGGUCAAGCAGACUGUUACGGUCUCAUGUUACAUCAGUCUCCGAUGGCGAGACGACAACCUGCGCUGGAACAGAAGUGAGUUUGGUGGCAUUGACAUGUUUGUGAUCAACAGCACAGACUUGUGGACCCCCAGUAUCUACCUGCCCAGGUCAGAUGGCCACGGGUUGCGGCUGGACCGAACGGAUCACCUGACCAUCAAGACGCAACGGUUUAUGAAUGUCGUAUCCACAUUCCUGUUUCAGUUUACAGUUUUCUGUGAGCUAGAUUUAUCCAUGUAUCCAUUCGAUUUUCAGACCUGCGAGAUAACCUUCUCGCAGAUGCAUGGCUACAAGCUGUCUUCCGUGGAGUCCAAGGAAUACGAUUUUCAACUGGCCCAAAAGUUGCAAACCUCCGGUGAAUGGGCGAUAAUCUCGUGGAACGCUUCACGCAGCUGGUGGCAGGGAGACCUCCAUUUUCUAGCCUACGUCAUCAAAAUAGAACGUCACAGCACGUAUUACGUAGCAAACCUUCUGACGCCGAUCUGUCUGACCGCGGUGAUGACGCUCCUCGUGUUCUGGAUCCCCGCAGAAUCCGGGGAAAAAAUGUCGUUUCUCGUGUCGAUGUUUGUGUCCACCUCCGUCUUCUUGUACACCAUCAACGAUGUGAUGCCCCGCAGCAUCAACACGCUUCCCACUAUCAACAUCGUGGUGGUAGCUGUCAGCUUUGAGAUGUUCUUGGCGGCCAUUGCCACCCUCGUCUCACUGCGCAGACACAGUCGU